CCAUGUGUGGCACAGAGAGAACUAGUCCAGUCUAGGCAACUGGGUACCUAGGGCGACCAUCUUGUACAUCCUUGCUGUCACAAGUAAGGUUUUCAACUGCUCUGACUGGCUCUGUGGACCAAACAUUAUUCAUCUGCCUCCAGACUGCUCAGUGGCUCUGCUUCCACUCCCAUCCCUUUUAAGUGGCUUCUUGGGCUCAGAGAGGACAUUCAUUUAAUUUCCAGAAGUUGUAGCCAGGAAAUGGACUCAGUGGUCUUUGAGGAUGUGGCUGUGGAAUUUACCCAGGAAGAGUGGGCUUUGCUGGAUUUUUCUCAGCGGAAACUCUAUCGAGAUGUGAUGAUGGAAAACUUCAGGAACCUGGAUUCAGUUUUUAAACAGGAUAAUAAUGGACAAACGUCCAUGAAGAAUGACUCCUGGCCCUCCAUGUUAGGAGAAGUACAUGAAUUCCAUGGCAUUGAACAUCAGCACAACAACCGGAGGAGGCACGUAAGAGUAUACACAGUGGAGAGACUCUGUGAAAGUAAAGAUGGUAAAGUAAAUAAAGGUGAAGAAGGUAAUCAAUGUGGAAAAACUUUGAGCUGGAUUGGAAAUCUUACUAGGCUGAAAAGAACUCCUGCUGGAGUAAAUCCUGAAUGCCUUGAGUGUGGAAAAGCUUUCAUGGAUCAGUCAUCAUUUGAUCAUCAUAACAGAUCUCGCAGUGGACACAAACCUUAUCAUUGUAAGGAAUGUGGAGAAUACCGGAGAUGUCCUUCUUACCUAAAACCUCACAUGAGAGAGAAACUUUAUAAAUGUCAGGAUUUGGGGAAACCUUGUAGUUGUUCCUUACCCCUCACUAAACAUAUAAGAACUCACAGUGAACAGAGGCCUCAUGAAUGUAAGGAGUGUGGGAAAGCCUUUGGUUAUCUCUCAAGCCUCACUAGACAUAUAAAAACUCACAGUGGAGAGAGGCUUUUUGAAUGUAAGAAAUGUGGGAAAGCCUUUAAUCGUUCCUCGGUCCUUGCUACACAUUUACGAAUUCACAGUGGAGAGAGGCCUUAUGAAUGUAAGGAAUGUGGGAAAACCUUUAGUCGUUCCUCAAACCUCACUAGACAUACAAGAACUCACAGUGGAGAGAGGGCUUAUGAAUGUAAGGAAUGUGGAAAAGCCUUUAGUCUGUCCUCACACCUCACUAGACAUAUAAGAACUCACAGUGGAGAAAAGCCUUAUGAAUGUAAGGAAUGUGGGAAAGCCUUUAGUCGUUCCUCAUCCCUCACUACACAUAUACGAAUUCACAGUGGAGAGAAGCCUUAUGAAUGUAAGGAAUGUGGGAAAGCCUUUAGUCAUUCCUCAGCCCUCACUACACAUAUAAGAUCUCACAGUGGAGAGAGACCUUAUGAAUGUAAGAAAUGUGGGAAAGCCUUUAGUUGUUCCUCAGCCCUCACUACACAUACGCGAACUCACAGUGGAGAGAGACCUUAUGAAUGUAAGGAAUGUGGGAAGGCUUUUAGUUUUUCCUCAUCUCUAACUAUACAUAUAAGAUCUCACAGUGGAGAGAGGCCUUAUGAAUGUAAGGAAUGUGGUAAAGCCUUUAGUUGUUCCUCUCACCUCACUACCCAUAUAAGAACGCACAGUGAAAAGAGGCCUUAUGAUUGUAAGAAAUGUGGGAAAGCCUUUAGUCGGUUUUCACAACUCACUAGACAUGUAAGAGUUCACAACAGAGAGAAGCCUUAUGAAUGUAAGGAAUGUUGAGUAUCCUUGAGUCAGUUUUCAUACUUCGUUGGCCAUAUAAGGGCUCACAAUGGAUACAGGCCUCAUGAAUAUAAAGAAUGUGCGAUCGCCUUUAGUUUUUCAUCCUUUAUGUAAACAUCUUAGAACUUACCAUGGAGAUAAGCCUUAUGAUAGUAAGGAAUAUGGGAAAGCCUUUAGUUCUUACACCUCAUUGACCAUAUAAGAUUUCACAGUGGAGAGAAACUGCAGUGCAGUGAAUUGCUAUUACCUGGCCCUUCUAGCCAUGGUCUUGGAACUCCCACAAAACGAUUGCCUGGUACUAUGCAAGUAAAGUGGAUGGAACCCUUGUAGGGGAUUUGUUGGUUUUACCAUCCCACUAGGUUUAAAAGAGAGCCAGUCCCCAAGAGGAGUGGGGGGACCCCACUACCAUCAAGAACACAGGCCAGGAGUGAAGUGCUUCCUUUGGAACUGAGGUACUUGUGCUGAGAACCUCCUAGACCCAGGAGGCAGAGAGCUUAACACUGUAAGAGGAGCAGCAUGAGACAGAACCAGUGGCAAGCACAGCAAAGAAACAGCAGCAGAACCAAGACACCAGUGCAAGAUGGCAUAGUGGGCUUCCCAGCCCACCGAAUGAGGCAGCCACAAUGGGCUUGCCGACCUACAGCGUGAGAGCUGAGCACCUUCAGGCAGGUGGCUCCCUGAUAGAAUGGGGCACUUCUGAGUACCCGAAGUUGGGCUUACCAGCCCACGGAACUAGAGAGCUGAGCAACUUCAGGCAGGGGGCUUCCUUGCCAAGUGGGGUGCCUUCUGGCACUUAUCAACUUGGCUAAGUAACACUUGCCCGAGCAGGGCAGAGGCAAGGCCUGAGCACGGCCUGGCAGCAAGAAGGGCCCGACCAGGGUUCAUUCACAGAAACUGAGAAGAAGCUGUCCUAAUAGAACUGUAUCCUGAGUUAUUCCUGUUAUCUCCGUGUUAAUCCUGAUCCUGAAAUGUAACCUUUUACUUCCCUAAUAAACCCCAUUAAUCAUGAGUCUGCUCUAUGAGUUCUGUGUGGCUGUUGAAACAAAUUAUCAAACCCAGCAGAGAAGUAGAGAGUGCUGCAGGAGGCACGGCUGGUAUCAGAGUUGGUUAAAAGGUUGGAGGGUGGAGGUAUGUUUGAAGUCCAUUUGAUAGGAAUCAGCUUUAGUCUUCGGGCUGCUGAUGGUUAUUCUGCUCCCCCUGAAGUUAGAAGAUGGCUUCUGAUGCCAUACUAUUUUUACAGAAGCCUUAUGAGUAGUAAGGUAAGUGGGAAAGCCUUUAGUUGGUCCUCAUCCCUCACCAUAGAAGAGUUUACAGUGUAGAGAGGCCUUAUAAGGGAUUCGGGAAAACUUUUAUUGCUUGGUAAACAUCACGAACUCAAC